UCUUGUUCUUAUUAUUAUUAUUAGUAUCGUUAUUUUCUAGCUGUAGUUAUUUCAGGCCUUACAAAAUUUCCUAUAUUAUAGCCUAACUAUUCGGCCAAUUAGGUUUCUUUAGUUAAAUAUAUUUGUUUUGCAUACUUGUGAGCUAAGAAAAUAGUGAAUAAUGGCGACUAGAGGUAGCAGAUCAGAAAAAGUAAAAAGAAUAUUUCAGCAGUUUGAUUUAAAUAGAGAUGGGGGUUUAAAUAGAGAUGAAAUGUCUGCACUUGUUGUAGCUGUAAACCCUAGAGUUAAGUUUAGUAAUGAACAAAUUAGUGCAAUACUUGAUGAAGUUUUUCGUACUUAUAGCGAUUUUAUUGAUUCUGAAAAGGGUCUUACUUAUGAUGGUCUAUUAAGGACUUAUGAUGACGGUGCUGGUGAUGUUGAUCGAGAUUUUGAGGCGUUAGGCCUCGAAUUGAAGAGUAAUGAGGAUACUGGUGUUAAUAAUGGGGCUGUUGUUGAUACUGGCAAUGUGAAUGAAGUCGGGUCUUCGUCUUUUAAGGAUAAUUCGAAUUCUAUUGUUGUUGCUGAGGAUAAAGGGAAGACGACCCAGAAGCAGCCUCAUACGCAGUUGAGGACUGCUAAUUGGGCUGCUUCGCCAAACCAUGGGAUUGUGUUUGAUGAUACUUGGAAAUUGGUGGAUGAUUUGGAGGUUUUGAUUAAGAGGUUAAAAACUAAACAAAUGAAGGAUUUGAAGAUGAAAGGAGGGGAGAAUUCGGAUGUGUUUUCUGAUCCGGGGUGGUCUAGGGAGCUUGGACCGUCUAUGGAGAUGAAUAGUAAUAAUAAACAGAUUGUUUGGGAUGAAAGUAAGCAUGAGUAUGCUGUUUUUGUUAAGGAGUUAGGAGGUUUGAGGUCUAGAGCAGAUGGUGCUAGGUCGAGAGAAGAAGCGUUUGAUGGGCAUAUGGCGAUUGGUCGUGUUUUAUAUGAUCAGCAGGUGUUUAAAGAAGCAUUAGUGUGUUUUAAAAGGGCUUGUGAGUUACAACCUACUGAUGUUAGGCCUCAUUUUCGAACAGGGAAUUGUUAUUAUGUUCUUGGAAGGCAUGGUGAAGCUAAGGAUGAGUUUAUUUUAGCUUUGGAUGCAGCAGAAGCCGGUGGUACUCAAUGGGCAUAUUUACUUCCUCAAAUUCAUGUGAAUCUUGGAAUUUCACUUGAAGGUGAAGGUAUGGUUAUUAGUGCUUGUGAACAUUAUAGAGAGGCUGCAAUUCUUUGUCCGACUCAUUUUAGAGCUUUAAAGCUUUUAGGUAGUGCGUUAUUCGGUGUGGGCGAGUAUAAAGCUGCUGUUAAGGCCUUAGAAGAAGCAAUUUAUUUGAAAAAUGAUUAUGCAGAUGCACAUUGUGACCUUGCUUCCGCUUUACACGCAAUGGGUAAUGAUGAUAAUGCGGUUAAAGAGUUCCAAAAAGCCAUUGAUUUGAAGCCUGGUCAUGUUGAUGCUUUGUAUAAUCUAGGUGGUCUGUAUAUGGAUAUGGGUCGGUACCAACGGGCUUCUGAGGUUUACAUUCGGGUUUUGGGAUUGUGGCCUAACCAUUGGAGGGCUCAGUUGAACAAGGCGGUUUCGUUAUUAGGGGCUGGUGAGACCGACGAAGCUAAAAAAUCGUUAAAAGAAGCUUUAAAGAUGACUAGCAGGGUUGAAUUACAUGAUGCUUUAUCUCACUUGAAGCAACUUCAGAAAAAGAAAUUAAAGGGUAACGGAAAUGGGGAAGAUUCAUUUAUUAUCAUAGAGCCUUCAAAGUUCAAAACCUUAAGUGAAAAAACGACAUUGAGACAAGAAUUGGCUACUGCUCUUGAUAUUCGAUCUUUUCAAAGAAUAACCCGGUUGUUUAAAUGUGAUGUCGAGCUUCUUAAGAAGGAAAUGAAUGAAACCGAGACCCCUUUAAGCUAUUCUGGUUAUGGUAUACCUGAAAAGUCUAUACGUAAGGCCGCUUUGGAGUGCAUUCUUAGAAGGUUACUAAGUUUCUUGAAAGCCGAGACUUUUGUAGGGGCAGUCAAGGCAAUCAACCUUAAAAUCCUCUCAGUUCUCGAUGAAUCAGAAUCCGGCAGGGUAGAUUUGGGUAUGUUUUUUGCGGUAAUAGCUCCAAUUUGUGGUGGUACACCUGAGAAACGGAAAAGGGUGGCAUUUGAAUCACUUUUGUGGCGGCCCGUGAAUGAAGAAGGAAAUGGUGGUAAGAUUAAAAAAGCUGAUGCUUUAAGAUACUUGAAGUUAUUGAGAUCCAUCUACAUUUCUUCAGAGUUAAACAACAGUGAAAUGCUCGAAAUCCAUGGUGAAAGAGACGAUUCAUUGGUUUCACUAACCGAGUUUCUUGCUAUGUUUGAUGAUAAAGAUUGGGGUUUUGGUGUAAUGUCUACUUUAAUAAAGCUUGAAGCCGGUGACAGGAACCGUCAUGGUAACAACACGUGCUCAGUUUGUCGAUACCCAAUAAUAGGGUCACGAUUUAAGGAGGUGAAGUCAAGAUUUAGUCUUUGUAGUCAAUGUUACAGUGAAGGGAAAGUGGCUCCGAAUUUUAAGCAGGAAGAGUAUCAUUUCAAAGAGUAUGCUAAUGGGAGUGAAGCAUUGAAAGAUAAGUGCAUGUGGUUUAGUUCAUCAAAUAGUUCUAAAAGUUCAUCAGGUACAAAUAAUUCAUAGCUUUUAGAUUUUUUUAGUUUUUGUAUUGUGUGAUAUGAGUGAUGAUUGUUUUGUAUAAUAAAUCCCUUUGUGGAGCUAAUCAUUUUGUAUGAUAUUUAACAGUUUAUUUGAUGUAUGAACAUUGGAUGUGUCUCA